AUGGAAGCUAGAGUAAUUUCUUGCACUACUUCUGGAGACGACAAGGUCGUGAAGAUUGCUGUUCCGAAUCAUCAUGCCAUCGCCAAAUACAAAGCGGGAGAAAACGAAACGACCAUUGUUGAAAUGGUCGGCUUGACAUGGCAAGUUGUGUGUUGUCACGCUAUUAACUUCUCCCAACUUAUAGAGUGCACAAUAUUUUCAUUACAGUUUGACUGGUUGCAACCAUUUAUGUGUUUUCUUCAAAAUUCUCCUCAACUAAAAGUUCUUCUCAUCGACCAGUUAGAUGGAGAUUUUCCACUCUCGUUCAUCCCACCGAGUUCUGUACCAGGAUGUUUGUCAACCCAUCUCGAGAUGUUUGAGUGGAAAGGAUAUAGAGGACGAAACGGAGAGAAAGAAGUUGUAAAGUACAUACUUGCCAACUCCAAGUAUUUAAAAAGAGCUGCAAUCACCAUUAAACCAUGCAGUCUUGAAAAUAAAAAGAAGAUGAUCAAAGAGUUGAAAUCUGUGUCAAGGGUUUCACCAUUAUCUCGGCUUCUCUUUUCUCCACUCAAGUGGAUUCCGCGGUAUAGUACUUAUUGA